AUGCUUCCUCUCUUCAUCAAAGUGCUUCCUCUCUUGCUCAAGAUGCAGCUUCCUCUCUUCAACAAAGUACUUCCUCUCUUGAUCAAGGUGCUUCCUCUCUUGAUCAAAGUGCUUCCUCUCUUCAACAAGGUGCUUCCUCUCUUCUUCAAAGUACUUCCUCUCUUGAUCAAGAUGCUUCCUCUCUUCAUCAAAGUGCUUCCUCUCUUGCUCAAGAUGCAGCUUCCUCUCUUCAACAAAGUACUUCCUCUCUUGAUCAAGGUGCUUCCUCUCUUCAACAAAGUACUUCCUCUCUUGAUCAAGAUGCUUCCUCUCUUCAUCAAAGUGCUUCCUCUCUUCAUCAAAGUGAUUCAUCUCUUCUUCAAAGUACUUCCUCUCUUGAUCAAGAUGCUUCCUCUCUUCAUCAAGAUGCUUCCUCUCUUCAACAAAGUGCUUCCUCUCUUCUUCAAAGUACUUCCUCUCUUGAUCAAGAUGCAGCUUCCUCUCUUCAACAAAGUGCUUACUCUCUUGCUCAGGAUGCAGCUUCCUCUCUUCAACAAAGUACUUCCUCUCUUGAUCAAGGUGCUUCCUCUCUUCAUCAAGAUGCUUCCUCUCUUCUUCAAAGUACUUCCUCUCUUGAUCAAGAUGCUUCCUCUCUUCAUCAAGAUGCUUCCUCUCUUCAACAAAGUGCUCCCUCUCUUCUUCAAAGUACUUCCUCUCUUGAUCAAGAUGCUUCCUCUCUUCAUCAAAGUGCUUCCUCUCUUGCUCAAGAUGCAGCUUCCUCUCUUCAACAAAGUACUUCCUCUCUUGAUCAAGGUGCUUCCUCUCUUCAUCAAAGUACUUCCUCUCUUGAUCAAGAUGCAGCUUCCUCUCUUCAUCAAAGUGCUUCCUCUCUUGCUCAAGAUGCAGCUUCCUCUCUUCAACAAAGUACUUCCUCUCUUGAUCAAGAUGCUUCCUCUCUUCAUCAAAGUGCUUCCUCUCUUGAUCAAGAUGCUUCCUCUCUUCAACAAAGUGCUUCCUCUCUUGCUCAAGAUGCAGCUUCCUCUCUUCAACAAAGUGCUUCCUCUCUUGCUCAAGAUGCAGCUUCCUCUCUUCAACAAAGUACUUCCUCUCUUUAUCAAGAUGCUUCCUCUCUUCAACAAAGUACUUCCUCUCUUGAUCAAGAUGCAGCUUCCUCUCUUCAACAAAGUGCUUACUCUCUUGCUCAGGAUGCAGCUUCCUCUCUUCAACAAAGUACUUCCUCUCUUGAUCAAGGUGCUUCCUCUCUUCAUCAAAGUGAUUCCUCUCUUCUUCAAAGUACUUCCUCUCUUGAUCAAGGUGCUUCCUCUCUUCAACAAGAUGCUUCCUCUCUUGAUCAAGAUGCUUCCUCUCUUCAUCAAGAUGCUUCCUCUCUUCAACAAAGUGCUUCCUCUCUUCAUCAAAGUGAUUCAUCUCUUCUUCAAAGUACUUCCUCUCUUGAUCAAGAUGCUUCCUCUCUUCUUCAAAGUACUUCCUCUCUUGAUCAAGGUGCUUCCUCUCUUCAUCAAAGUGCUUCCUCUCUUGCUCAAGAUGCAGCUUCCUCUCUUCUUCAAAGUACUUCCUCUCUUGAUCAAGGUGCUUCCUCUCUUCAAGAAAGUGCUCCCUCUCUUCUUCAAAGUACUUCCUCUCUUGAUCAAGAUGCUUCCUCUCUUCAUCAAAGUGCUUCCUCUCUUCAACAAAGUACUUCCUCUCUUGAUCAAGGUGCUUCCUCUCUUCUUCAAAGUACUUCCUCUCUUGAUCAAGAUGCUUCCUCUCUUCAUCAAAGUGCUUCCUCUCUUCUCAAGAUGCUUCCUCUCUUCUUCAAAGUACUUCCUCUCUUGA